AUGGGUCUUACUUUCUCCCGGUUGUUCGAUAGACUAUGGGGUCGCAAGGAGAUGCGAAUCCUGAUGGUCGGUCUUGACGCCGCAGGAAAGACCACCAUCCUUUACAAGUUGAAGCUCGGUGAAAUCGUUACUACCAUCCCCACCAUCGGCUUCAACGUUGAGACCGUCGAAUACAAGAACAUUCAGUUCACCGUGUGGGAUGUCGGUGGUCAGGAUAAGAUCCGUCCUCUGUGGCGCCACUACUUCCAGAACACCCAGGGUAUUAUCUUCGUGGUGGACAGCAACGAUCGCGACCGUAUUGUUGAGGCCCGCGAGGAGUUGCAGCGCAUGUUGAACGAGGAUGAGCUCCGCGACGCUCUCCUCUUGGUCUUUGCCAACAAGCAAGAUUUGCCUAACGCCAUGAGCCCCGCCGAGAUCACCCAGCAGCUUGGUCUCCAGAGUCUGACCCGCCGUGCUUGGUUCAUCCAAUCUACCUGCGCUACCACCGGUGACGGUCUGUACGAGGGUCUGGAGUGGCUCGCCGACACUCUCCGGAAAACGAACCGCGAUUAA